GGGCGGUACUGCAGGCCGGGCUGCGGUUGCCAUGGAGCGGCGUCAGCAGCGAACCUUCUGUUAGCGGCUAACUUGCUGUUAGCUUCCCGGUGUGGUCAGACAGAAAGAAGCGGAGCGGUUCUGUUUACCGGAACUCUGCUGUUUGAUUCUGGAUCUGAAGUCUUUGUUCAACUCCGGCCUCUUUAUCUCCGUAAAGGCUGAACAGCGCUGCUAGCUACUGACAGCUAACGGCGGCUAACUUAGCUAAAGUUCCUGCUAGCUGCUGCUAGCCGCUGAGGCUAACAGUAGCCGAACAGUCUGAAGCAGAAGCUGCGAAGUGGAACCGAACUACAUCAGAACUGUGUUUUAGGUGAACAGGUACCACAUGACAACAACAUGACAACAACAUGACAACAACAGUCCAGCUGUCACCCACACGCGGCCUCUUUAAUCCUUCACUGGACUGAGGAUGCAGAUCUGAUGAAGUGACUCUGAGAACAAGUUCUGAAAGUGACAAGAUGGAAUCUGAUAACGUAGCUGAUCCGAACGAAGACAACCAGAACCAUAAGUCGGUGCAGAGCAGAAAGAAAGAGUCCAGCUGUUCAUCUCUGCAGAAACACCACAAGAACCUUGAGGAGAGGCGCCACAGCGACGAUGAAAAAGAAGCCAGAUCCAGAACCAGAACCUGGCACUCUGACCGGGACCAGGACCAGGACCAGGUGUCAGACGGACGGAGGAGCAGCGCUUCCUUUUACUCUGAGGAUUACGAGAACGAGUCUCCGUCAGAACGUUCCUUCUCUCCGUACUCUCGGUCCAGAACUCCGUCACCGACUCCACACAGAACCCAGAGAACCCCGAGGGUCUCCAGCAGCCCGCUGCACCGCACAGGUGUUGUGGGGCGUCGCGGCAGGCUCCGCCCCCAGCGGCCCACCCAGCCUCUGACCCAGCAGCACCGCCGGGUUCAGCGGUCACACAGCAAAGAGUCUACGCCUCCUAAAGACCUGGACCUGGUGACCAAACGGAUGCUGUCGGCUCGACUGCUGAAGAUCAACGAGCUGCGAAACGCUUUGGCUGAACUGCAGCAGCGAACCGACGAGCUGCAGAAGGAAAAUCGGAUCCUCAGGCAGCUUCAGGUGCGUCAGGAAAAAGCGCUGCAGCGAUACGACGACACCGAGAGCGAGAUCUCCCAGCUGCUGGCGCGCCACUCCAACGAGACUCAGGUGCUGCGAGAGCGACUGCGACGGACGCAGGAGCGCGAGCGACUGGCCGAGCGGCGGCUGAAGGACAGCGAGGAGCAGCUGCAGAGGAGUCACGUGACCGUCCGCCGGCUGAAGAAGCUGGUGGAGCAGAGAGAGCUGGGACCCAGAGACGAGCUGAGCAGGAGGCUGGAGGAGGAGAAGGUCCAAGUCCAGGAGGCAGAACGCCGGAUCAAGGAGUUGGAGCGCAGCGCGGAGCUGAGCAGCAGCAGCUUCCAGAGGCAGCUGGUUGCAGAGAAGAAGAAGAACCUGAACCUACAGGAGGAGAUCAGGAGUCUGCAGGAGGAGCUGCAGAGACUCAGCAGCAAACUGAAGGAGAAGGAGAAGGAGCUGGACACGAUGAACAUCUACGCCAACAGGAUGGUGAAACCCUCCGGGAGGAGAGAAGCCGACAGCAGCUCAAAGAGGAAAACCUCCAGCAGCAGCAGCAAAGCCGUGCAGACGGAGGACGGCGUCUCCAGCUCCGACUUCCCUUCACCUCCUCCAGAUGUGGACCAAUACCUGACGCUGAAGGAGCUGGACAUCCACAACAAACCAGCAGAACCAGAACACAGAACUCAGAACUGUGGAGAAACAAAGAGGAACCAAACAGCCCAAGAGGUGAACCAGCAGCAGAACCAGCAGCAGAACCAGCAGCAGGAUGAGACCAAGACACCAAGAGACGGUAAAGAGACCAAAAGAAACAGAACCACAGUCCGUCUGCUGGAACCCACCUGGACCAGGUUCUGUCACUCAGGUGAGUUCACACCUGCUGCAGCCACAGAAUGUCUUGUGAUCAGACUUUAUGUGUCCUCAGGCUUGGAGACAGAUGGAGACGGGCUGAACGUCCUGUUGACCCAGAAGGACGAGGACUCCUCCAGGAGGCGGGGCCACGUCCAGGAGGAGGUGGACAGGUGGAACCAGGGGGCGCUGGCCAAUCAGCAGGCAGCAGAGGAGGCUCGCCGUAAAAAGGAGCAGCUGCUGGCCAAGAUGAGGGAGAUAGACGACCAGAACCGUGGAGCUGAGAGCGUUACGUUUGAGGAACUUCUAAAGGAACAUCCGAGUCCUCGUCCUCCUGAGCAGAACCGUCAGAUCUUCAGCCUGACGGAAUCCCAGCAGCCAGCCGGGCUGAGAGGGAGGAGGAGAACGUCCAGGUCUCAGAGCUCCAGCGAAGACCUGGCGUUCGGAGGCUACGCUCCUUCGUUUGGACUCUCGUCAUCCAGAACCUCCUCCGGCUUCCCUCCACCUCCCCGAGAGGACGGAGACUCUGCAGCAGGGUUCGUCCUCGGGGGCGACGGAUCCGACGGAGGAGCUGCAAAGGACAAGAAGUCCAGCCUGAUGCAGCAGCUGUUCGGCCUCCAGACGUCUGCCGACAGCAGAAGCGUCGUCAGUCCUCCGUCCAACGGGCUGCGACCCAGACGAGAAGCUCCGCCCUCCGUCCUGCAGGUGACCCAGACCCGGCCGGCCGUCAGAGCCGUGGCCUCCUUCGACGAAGACCUGGAGGAGCUCACGCUGUAGAGGCGACAGGAAAUAUAGGAGUUCAUCUGAAGAACAGACCGGAGAAAGCUGCCAGGUUCCAUCGGACCUGAAGUCUGAGUUCUGUUCGAGUUCUGUCCAGGAGAGGCUGUUAAAGUGAAAUAUUUCACUUCUAAAGUUUGGUCACAGUCGUGUUUGAGCUAUUUAGACUUUAUAUUGUAAUCAUGUUUGAUGUGACAAUCACACGUUAGCGGACGUUGUGGAGAACGUUAGAACUUCAUGAAACGGUUUUUCUGCAGGUUUCAAACUCAGAGUUCAGAGUCAAUGAGGGGACAAGACUUCCUGUGGAUUCUUCACCUCCGUCUGACGAGGACCAGACCUGCUGCUGUCAGAUAGAUAUAUUUAUGUAUACGUUAUCACUUGUUCCUACAUGCUGACACGUUGUUCUGUGUUUUAUUUAUUCCGUCUGACUUUAUAUUUUGUGAUAAUUUGGUAGAAAACAUGUGAUGUGUGCUUUUGUACCGACUGGAACUGUUGAUGUGUCUUGUUGAAUAAAAUGGAGCUGCCUGUUUCCUCCACACGGGGGUGCUGUUCUCCUGCACUAA